GUAAAAUGGUCAAGAAUCAGGCAGUCGUUCCACUUUCACCGUCCCAGCAGUUGUAAAAGUCGACCGAGAAGCUCCCGAAAAAGAACAGCCAAAUGUGACACGACCUCUUGAUCAUAACUCAACUUUAUCCUCAAACCACGGCUAGUAUAAUGGAGCACACGUAUUUGUUAGUCAUCGCGGUCAUCUGCUUAAUGUCAGGAGACUGCGCAUCUAAUCCAUUGGAGGACUUGGUUAUUGAUCGCUAUUCCAUACCAAUGCAUUGUCCAAGAGAAGUACAAACUGGGGAUUAUGUACGCUACCAUUUCAACGGGACGCUUCCUGAUGGAAAAAAGUUUGAAUCAAGUCAUGAUAAAGGUAAACCAUUCGUGGGCCAGGUCGGACUGGGCAGUGUGGUCAUCACCGGGCUGGACAGGGGCGUCCUGGGCAUGUGUGUCAACGAACGCCGGAAGCUCACCAUCCCCCCUCACCUGGCCUAUGGAGUUCUUGGAGCAGGUGCCACAAUUCCUCCAGAUACGACCCUGACGUUCGAUGUUCUCCUGCUGGAUGUGUGGAACACGGAUGAUAAGGUGCUGAUCCGCACCCUCAGUAAGCCCCAGGACUGCAAGCGCACUGUGGUCCGCACAGACUUUGUACGCUACCACUACAAUGGAACCCUGCUGAAUGGAACUCUGUUUGACUCUAGCCAUCCUCGGGGCCAGACAUAUGACACAUAUGUGGGUCAGGGCUACUUGAUCAAGGGCGUGGACGAGGGCCUUCUGGGCAUGUGCGUGGGCGAGAGGCGCUCCAUGCUCAUCCCCCCCUUCCUGGCCUAUGAGGACAAGGGAUAUGGUACCUUGGUUCCCCCAUAUGCCAGCCUGAUGUUUGACGUGCUGCUGGUGGACAUGUUCAAUGCCAAUGACACGGUGGAGGUCGCGGUCCAGUACAAGCCAGAGUCCUGCACCAGGAAGUCUGUGGCGGGAGACUACAUCCGUUACCACUACAACGGCACGCUACGGGACGGCACGCCAUUCGACAACAGCUAUAAACGCAAGAGCACCUACAAUACCUACAUCGGGAAGGGCUACGUCAUCUCGGGCAUGGACAAAGCCCUGCAGGGGAUGUGCAUCGGGGAGAAGAGCCGUGUCACCAUCCCUCCCUUCAUGGCCUAUGGAGAGAGUGGACUCGAGGGUAUGAUCCCUGGCUCGGCGGUGCUCGUCUUCGACAUUCACGUGCUGGACUUCCACAACCCUGACGACACGGUGGAGGUGAAGGUGACCCGCAAGCCUGAGCUCUGCAACCUCACCGCAGAGGAACAUGACCUCAUCCAGUACCGAUACAACUGCUCCCUCAUGGACGGAACUGUGCUCUACUCAUCCGAUAACUUCGACUUGCCGCCUCGCACACAGCUGGGCUCCGGGAAGAUCAUCAAGGGCUUGGAUCAGGGCCUGCAGGGCAUGUGUGUCGGGGAGAGGAGGGAGGUGGUGGUCCCCCCGCACCUGGGCCACGGAGAGGACGGAGCGGCCGAGGUACCCAGCAGUGCGGUGCUGCACUUUGAGUUGGAGCUGCUGGAGCUUACGAAGGGGGUUCCUGACGGGUACCUGUUCGUCUGGAUGGGGGAGAACCCAGACCCCCUGUUCCCCGCCAUGGACCUCAACAAGGACCAAGAGGUCCCCCUGGAGGAGUUCUCCACCUUCAUCAAGACUCAGAUAGCGGAGGGCAAGGGCCGCCUGCGUCCAGGAGUGGACGGCGAUCAGGUCAUCAAGGACAUGUUCCAAAACCAGGACCGCAACCAGGACGGCAAGAUCACGGCAGAGGAGCUCAAGCUCAAAUCAGACGAGGAACCCCAACACGAUGAACUGUAAAGUUGGGUGAUAACAGAGCUCAUGAAAAACACCUUUUGGUUACACUUUAUUUUCAUGGUUCACUAUUACAGUCGAUCUACCACAUUAUGUACAGUGUAAUAACCAGUGCAACAAUAUUUAAUACCAUGUGAUACCAGUGUAAUACCAUGUACCAACCCUAACCCUAACCCCAGAUGUAAGGGUACAUGUAAAAUUGGUACAUGGUGUUACACUGGUAUUACAUGGUAUUAAAUAUUGUUGCACUGGUUAUUACACUGUGCCUAAUGUGGUAGAUCCACUGUAAUAGUGAACCAUUAAAAUAAAGUCUUACCCACCUUUUUAUGUAUAAAAAAAAGAAAGAGCGUAAACUUUUAAGUGGGGGAAAGAAGAGGCAGAGACUUCCAAACCAAAAAACCAACAGAAUCUCAUCUAAUUGUUUUCUAGCCAGUCAUUAAACACAAACACCAGCUAAACCAGCCACUCAUUCCAACUCCAGAAUGCACUGCAGAUAGCCAUGAUUAAGGCUUUAGUCUUUUUGCCUUCAGAGGUUUAAAACGGGUGAUUGCAUGUUUUAGAGAGGGUAUGUGCAAUACAAAAAUGCUAUUUUUUGUACUUAAUUACCUUGGAUUGGGCGACAUAUGAAUGAACCAUAAGGUUUGUUUUUUUUGUAAAGAAAAA